GAGAAAACGUAAAAAAUCAUUGAUAUCCCUCUCCUUGAAAACAGAGGAGAAGAGGAAGAAGCAGAGGAAGAGAGAAGAACAAACGAAGCAUGGUUUCGACGAGACGCAGUGGAUCUCUCUCUGCCAAAAGAUCUUCCUCCUCGGAAGAUAAAUCUCCUUCGCCGAAGCGCCAAAAGGUCGACAAUGGCGGUUCGUCGGAGAAAUCGGUGCCGACGCCGGCGGAGAAUUCCAAGGAUUUAUCUUCCCCGGAGCCCGUGCCUGAUCCCGGAGAAUGUGGCUCCGGCGACGCUCAGAUCGCCGGAGCCGGUGCCGCCGAUGGAGUGAGCUCUGGCAAGGGUGACGCUACGCCGGCUGUGCCUGUCACGGCACCGAUUGCUGAUGCCGCAUGUCCGUCGUUCUCUUCGUGGAUUAAUUAUCAGAAACAGAAUCCGAAUAUCGAAGGUGCGCCGUGGUGCAGGUUCUUGUCGCAGUCUGCACAGAAUCCUAAUGUUGCUGUUUGCACACCCAUUUUCACGAUUGGUUCUAAUAGAAGUUGCAACUUUCCACUGAAUGAUCAAACUAUAAGUGGAAAUUUAUGCAAGAUCAAACAUACGCAGGGUGACGGAAGUGCUGUAGCUGUGCUAGAAAGUAUGGGUAGCAAAGGAUCUGUUCUAGUAAAUGGGACACAUGUCAAGAAGAAUACCAGCUGUGUACUUAACUCGGGUGAUGAAGUGGUUUUUGGUGUGCUUGGAAAUCAUUCUUAUAUUUUCCAGCAACUAAAUACUGAGGUUGCAGUUAGGGGUGCAGAAGUUCAAAGUGGUAUUGGGAAAUUUCUGCCGCUUGAAAGGAGAAGCGGAGACCCUUCAGCUGUGGAUGGGGCCUCUAUUUUGGCUUCUCUUUCCAACAGACAGGACCUUACAAGAUGGAAAUCUCCAUCUCAGACCUCCAGUAAACCUCACCAGGGCACCGAUGUCUCUAGUCGUUCUGUUCAUCAUGAUUGUACAGAAACUGAGCUUGAUGGCUCAGAAUCAACUCCAAAUGUGCGGAGUGAUAAAGCAGCAGAGGUUCGAACAAGUGACAAGAAUUCAACAAUGGAUUGCAAUCCAGAUGCUGGUGCAGAGGCAGGCAAUGUAAAAAUCUCUGGGGUGAAUGAUUUCCUAAGGCCUUUCUUCAGGAUCUUAGCUCAACCUAGUUGUAAACUGAAAUUGAGCAGAAGUAUCUGUAAGCAGGUGUUGGAAGAAAGAAAUGGGACGCUGGAUAUGCAGGCUGCAUCGACUUUGGGUACAUCUGUGCGCUGUGCAGUGUUUAAAGCAGAUGUUCAUGCUGCAAUACUGGAUGGAAAAGAAAUAGAUGCUUCUUUUGACAACUUUCCUUACUAUUUAAGUGAGAAUACAAAAAAUGUCCUGGUGGCUGCUUGCUUUAUGCACCUCAGGCAUAAAGAACAUGAAAAGUUUACUGCAGAUCUUACAACCAUAAACCCUCGUAUUCUUCUCUCUGGACCUGCAGGGUCUGAAAUAUAUCAGGAGAUGUUGGUAAAAGCACUUGCAAAAUACUUUGGAGCUAAGUUGCUCAUAUUUGAUAGUCAUUUGCUUUUGGGUGGUUUAUCUUCCAAGGAAGCUGAGCUACUCAAAGAUGGACUUAAUGCUGAGAAAUCCUUCGGCUGCACUAAACUAAGUCCUACAGAAGACAUGGCCAGGAUCAUGGACCCAUUAGCUAGCGAAAUAGAGACACCUAGCCCUUCAAAUGCACCUACAUCAUAUGGCUUUGAGUCUCAACCUAAGUUGGAAACUGAUAACAUGCCAUCCACCUCUGGGACAGCUAAAAGUUGCUCAUUCAAAUUAGGUGAUAGGGUGAAAUUUAGCUGUUCAUCUUCUUGUGGCGUAUAUCAGACAUCUCCAAGGGGACCGUCUAAUGGAAGUCGGGGGAAGGUUGUCUUACUAUUUGAUGAUAAUCCCUUGUCUAAAAUUGGUGUGAGAUUUGAUAAACCCAUACCUGAUGGAGUUGAUCUUGGUGGUGCCUGUGAGGGAGGUCAAGGAUUUUUCUGCAAUGUCACCGAUCUUCGUUUGGAAAGCAGUGCUGUAGAAGAACUGGACAAAUUACUUAUUCAUUCAUUGUUUGAGGUUGUUUUUAGUGAGAGUAGAAGUGCACCAUUCAUUUUGUUCAUGAAAGAUGCUGAGAAGUCUAUUGUAGGAAAUGGAGAUUCACAUUCAUUUAAAAGUAAGCUUGAAAAUCUUCCAGACAAUGUGGUUGUAAUAGGUUCACACACACAAAAUGACAGUCGCAAGGAAAAGUCACAUCCUGGUGGUUUGCUUUUUACAAAAUUUGGUAGCAAUCAGACUGCCCUUCUCGACUUGGCUUUCCCAGAUAGUUUUGGACGAUUGCAUGACAGGGGGAAGGAAGCCCCAAAACAAAAUAGAACUUUGACUAAGCUUUUCCCAAAUAAAAUUACAAUUCACAUGCCACAGGAUGAGGCUCUUCUAGCAUCCUGGAAGCAGCAACUGGAUCGAGAUGUUGAGACUCUCAAAAUUAAAGGAAAUUUACAUCACUUGCGCACAGUUCUGGGACGUUGCGGAAUGGAAUGUGAAGGACUUGAGACCUUGUGCAUUAAGGAUCAGACACUUACAAAUGAAAAUGCAGAGAAGAUAAUUGGUUGGGCUUUAAGCCACCACCUCAUGCAGAAUUCAGAAGCUAAGCCUGAUUCAAAGCUUGUAUUGUCCUGUGAGAGCAUUCUGUAUGGAAUUGGGAUCUUGCAGUCUAUCCAGAAUGAAUCCAAGAGCCUGAAGAAAUCACUUAAGGAUGUUGUGACAGAAAAUGAAUUUGAAAAGAGGCUUUUGGCUGAUGUUAUUCCACCUAGUGACAUUGAUGUUACUUUUGAUGAUAUUGGAGCUCUUGAAAAGGUCAAGGAUACAUUGAAGGAGUUGGUGAUGCUUCCUUUACAGAGGCCUGAGCUUUUUUGCAAGGGACAAUUAACCAAGCCCUGCAAAGGUAUCCUAUUAUUUGGUCCCCCUGGAACUGGUAAAACAAUGCUUGCAAAGGCAAUUGCUACUGAAGCUGGUGCUAACUUCAUCAACAUUUCUAUGUCAAGUAUCACAUCUAAGUGGUUUGGUGAGGGUGAGAAAUAUGUGAAAGCUGUUUUCUCUCUGGCGAGUAAAAUUUCACCUAGUGUUAUAUUUGUUGAUGAGGUUGACAGCAUGUUGGGUCGGAGGGAAAACCCAGGAGAGCAUGAGGCCAUGCGAAAGAUGAAAAAUGAAUUCAUGGUGAAUUGGGAUGGGUUACGCACGAAGGAAACCGAGAGAGUUCUUGUCCUGGCUGCCACUAACAGGCCUUUUGACCUUGACGAGGCUGUCAUAAGGAGGAUGCCAAGAAGAUUGAUGGUAAAUUUGCCAGAUGCCCCUAAUCGAGCAAAAAUAUUGAAAGUUAUACUGGCAAAAGAGGAAUUGUCUCCUGAUGUUGAUUUAGAUGCAGUUGCAAGUAUGACCGAUGGAUAUUCCGGAAGUGAUCUUAAGAAUUUGUGUGUAACUGCAGCACAUCGGCCUAUUAAAGAGAUAUUAGAAAAGGAAAAAAAGGAACGUGCUGCUGCUCUUGCAGAAGGCCAACCAGCUCCAGCAUUAUGCAGCAGUGGGGACGUCAGAUCUUUAAACAUGGAAGACUUUAAAUAUGCUCAUCAGCAGGUAUGUGCAAGUGUUUCUUCUGAGUCAGUAAAUAUGACUGAGCUUUUGCAAUGGAAUGAAUUAUAUGGAGAAGGGGGUUCAAGAGUAAAGAAAGCACUCAGUUAUUUCAUGUGAGAGUUUUUCUAUAGCUGACAUGUCCCCUCUCCCCCGCAGCCUCCAUCUCCUGAAGCUUGCAUCUAUAGUUUUGCCAAAUUUUAUCGCUUAAGGGUUUGCUGUUGAGCCAUUUCGUUUGUAAAAUGAAAUAUAGGUUUUUAUUUAUAAAGUUAUUUUUAUUACAUUUGGGAUGAUGGGUUUUGAAAGGAGUGGAGCCUUCCAAAAUUUUGGUUUGUUCUGCUGCUUUUGUUUUGUUCCUCAUCCCUGAAGGACGUCUUAUUUCAAGUUAUAAAAGUUCUACUAGAUGAAAAGAUAAAGUAGUCAGGUGAUCCUGUGAUAUAUUUGUUCUCUUAUCUAUCGAAAUCUGCUGGAAUAAUAAGCAUUUAGAUCCUUUCUAUAUCUGUGUUUAUCACUUUUAUGUA